CCAGUGCAAGUCAAGAUGGCGUCCACCAGCCGUUUGGAUGUACUUCCUAGAGUGACUUGCCCAAAUCAUCCAGAUUCCAUUCUAGUAGAGGAUUACAGAGCUGGUGAUAUGAUUUGUUCUGAAUGUGGGCUAGUAGUAGGUGACCGGGUCAUAGAUGUAGGGUCAGAGUGGAGAACUUUCAGCAAUGACAAAGCAACAAAAGACCCAUCUCGAGUCGGGGAUACUCAGAAUCCUUUGCUGAGUGAUGGCGACCUGAGUACAAUGAUUGGCAAGGGCACAGGUGCAGCAAGUUUUGAUGAAUUUGGGAAUUCAAAGUACCAAAAUCGCAGAACUAUGAGCAGCUCUGAUCGUGCAAUGAUGAAUGCUUUUAAAGAAAUUACCAACAUGGCAGACAGAAUCAACCUCCCUAGAAAUAUAGUUGAUCGAACAAAUAAUUUAUUCAAGCAAGUAUAUGAGCAAAAGAGCCUGAAGGGGAGGAGUAAUGAUGCUAUUGCUUCUGCUUGUCUCUACAUAGCCUGUAGGCAAGAGGGUGUUCCAAGAACGUUUAAAGAAAUAUGUGCAGUGUCCAGGAUUUCAAAGAAGGAAAUAGGCCGGUGCUUUAAACUUAUUUUGAAAGCUCUUGAAACCAGUGUAGAUCUGAUUACAACUGGAGACUUCAUGUCAAGAUUCUGUUCCAAUCUGGGUCUUCCCAAACAAGUGCAAAUGGCAGCAACACAUAUUGCUCGUAAGGCUGUGGAAUUAGAUUUGGUUCCUGGGAGAAGCCCUAUCUCUGUAGCAGCUGCAGCUAUCUACAUGGCAUCACAAGCUUCUGCAGAGAAAAGGACACAAAAAGAAAUUGGUGACAUUGCUGGUGUGGCUGAUGUUACGAUUAGACAAUCGUACAGGCUCAUCUAUCCUCGGGCUCCAGAUCUCUUCCCAGCAGACUUCAAGUUUGAUACCCCAGUUGACAAACUACCACAGCUGUGAAAUUGCAGAAGAUUACUUUUAAAUUUCUAUUAAAAAAAAAAACAAACCAAACAACCAAAACAACCAACCAACAACAAACUUCCGAUUUUUGCCUAUAACAGAGGAUGUACAAAGUGUUAAUAUUGAGUCUUCAUGUUGUGGAAUUGGAGGAUAUGGAGAAGGAGCAUAACUGCUGGAACGCAGCACACAUUCCAAGGGUAAACAAGCUCAUUGUGUGGCAUUUUGUAUGUAUAUAUUAGUGGAAGUAAAUAUUUAA